AUGGUUCAAAUCGAUGUUGAGAAGACGCUCUCAGAGCUGGAUUUGUCAGAAAAGACCGCUCUCACUGCUGGUGCUGAUUUCUGGCAUACCGUGCCAAUUCCACGCCUCAACAUCCCUGCCGUACGUUUCUCUGAUGGCCCCAAUGGAGUCCGCGGCACACGAUUCUUUAAUGGUGUUCCCGCCGCCUGCUUGCCAUGUUCAACCGCACUGGGUUCAACAUGGGAUGUGGAGCUUUUAGAACAGAUUGGGGAGCUCCUUGGUGACGAAGCCAGGGCAAAAGGCACCCAUGUUUUGUUAGGGCCAACGAUUAACAUCCAGAGAUCGCCUCUCGGUGGUAGAGGCUUUGAAUCAUUUGCAGAAGACGGGGUACUGUCAGGUACGCUCGCUGGUUACUAUUGCAAAGGCGUAGAGUCGAAAGGCGUCGGUGCCACGCUUAAGCAUUUCGUGUGCAAUGACCAGGAACAUGAAAGGCUGGCUGUCGAUACAAUUGUGACAGCGAGAGCUCUCAGGGAAAUAUAUCUGCUUCCAUUCCAACUGGCGCUACGAAUUUGUAAGACUGCUUGUUUCAUGACCGCGUAUAACAAGGUCAAUGGGGUGCAUGUUAGUGAAAGCCGUAACAUUCUUGAGGAUAUAUUGCGCAAGGAAUGGAAAUGGAACGGGCUCAUCAUGAGUGAUUGGUUCGGCACCUACAGUACUGCUGACGCUGUCAAUGCUGGGCUUGACCUCGAAAUGCCCGGCCCUACUCUCUGGCGUGGAGAAAUCCUUACUCACGCAGUGAAAUCUAGAAAAGUCCCCGAUCAUGUUCUAGAUGAAAGAGUCCGAAAUCUGCUUAAUCUGAUUAAUUAUGCGGAUAAGUCAGGGAUCCCCGAAAACGCUGGGGAGAAGGAGCUCAAUCGGCCUGACGACCAGAAACUUCUCCGACGAGCUGCGGCUGAAUCUAUCGUGCUUUUACGAAACAAUAAUAGCGUACUCCCCUUUGACAAAAAUAAACCAAUUGCAGUCAUUGGGCCCAAUUCCAAAGUUGCCUCAUACUGUGGAGGCGGCUCGGCAUCUCUACCACCGUAUUAUGCGGUGACUCCGUUUGAGGGUGUCAGUAAGGCAAGUAAGGCCGAUAUCGCCUUUGCACAGGGCACUUAUGCCCAUCAAUCAUUACCUCCUCUUGGACCGCAUCUUAAAACGAAUGAUGGGAAACAGGGCUUCGACUUCAAGGUAUACAACGAAUCUCCCGAGGAAAAGGAUCGCAAGGUGGUUGAUCGAUUACAUCUAGUCAACUCCACUGGAUUCCUUGCCGACUAUAAAAAUACUGAAGUCAAAUCUGACCUGUUCUACGCUGACAUGGAAGGAAACUUCACUCCAGAAGAGGACGGUUUGUACGAUUUCGGCGUGACCGUGAUUGGCACAGGGAAGCUGUUCGUUGACGGCGAACUCGUUGUGGACAAUUUUACCAAACAAAGAAAGGGAUCAGCUUUUUUUGGUGCCGCUACAGCAGAGGAGCGGGGUUCGAGGUUGCUUAAAGCUGGUAUUUCCUACAAGAUUCUUGUCCAGUUUGGCUCUCGGCCUACAUCAAAAUUGAACGAUACCCGGGUCGUUAAUUUUGGACCUGGCGGAUUUGCAUUCGGGGUUUCUAGGCGUCGUGAGCUGGCCGAAUCUAUAGAGGAGGCUGUUGAUCUCGCAUCGAAGACAGAGCAAGUUCUUGUGGUGGCUGGUUUGAACGGUGAAUGGGAAACUGAGGGCCAUGAUCGAGAGACCAUGGAUCUUCCACCUGGAACAGACAAGCUGAUCUCACGCGUACUCGAUGCUAACCCCAAUGCUGCUAUCGUGAUUCAAAGUGGCACGCCCGUUACAAUGCCUUGGGCUUCCAAAGUCAAUGUCCUUGCUCAAGCGUGGUUCGGAGGAAACGAGCUGGGCAAUGGCCUUGCUGACGUUUUGUAUGGCGAUGUGAAUCCCUCUGGAAAGCUGUCUUUGAGCUUUCCCGUUCGUCUACAAGACAAUCCAUCAUAUCUCAACUUUGGCUCCGAAAGAGGCCGCGUGUUAUACGGCGAGGACGUGUAUGUUGGAUAUCGCUACUACGAAAAAACGGGUGUCCAGCCUCUAUUCCCCUUUGGUUACGGACUUUCAUAUACUACUUUUGAGCGAUCUAAUCUGUCUCUGGAUGUAGCCUCUGAGAAGGAUACGUUGGAGGAUGGAGAAAUAGUAACUGCAUCCAUUAUGGUCAAAAAUACAGGAUCCCUUGCAGGCGCCGAAGUCGUGCAGCUUUGGGUUGAAAACCCAGCAACGACGGGCAUCAGACGACCAGUCCGCGAGUUGAAAGGGUUCAAAAAGGUCUUUCUCCAACCGGGGGAAAAGAAGGAUGUUAAAAUCACUGUGGAGAAGAAACUAGCAACUAGUUUCUGGGAUGAAAUUCGCCAGUCAUGGGCAUCUGAAAAGGGCGAAUACAAGGUUCUCAUCACGGGUACUGGCCAGGAAACACUCUCUGCACCAUUCGCGGUUGAGAAGACCCGUUACUGGGUAGGUCUUUAG